AUGAGAUCUGCCAGAGUUUCCAAGCAGACUUUGGUCGCUGCAGCCAAGAUUAAACACAGACUAAACAACUCUUCCUUUUUCAAGAGCACCCUGAAGACCAACAACAAGGCCCUGGCUCUCUCUUUGCAGGCCGAAAAGAAGAAGUGCACACUACUUGAGAAGGAGCUUGUUGACCUGAGAAAGAGGGAAGUGGCCUGUUCCUUUGAUUUUGCCGCCAAGAAUUACAAGUACAGGAAACUGGUUGUCCCUGAAACACCUGAGGACCAUAACGUUCAUCCUAUUGAAGGCGAUGACCUUCCAGAUGAAAUCCCUGCAAAUGUGGCACCAGCUCUUACAGAGGUCGUCAAGGAUUCCACCGAACUCUGUCCGGAAUUCCAAAAAGCAAUCAGACUGACAGAGAAGGAGACGUAUAAUGAGAAAAGGCAUUCAAAUCAGCAGGCACUCCAGAUGGAGUCAGCCCACCAGUCCAACAUCUUAAGGGAGGACUUGAGGAGGUUUUCUCAAUUCUGCUAUGACAGCAACUCUAUGGCAUCCCCUCAACAGAGCUUGCAAACAUCCUCAGCUCUUGGUAUUGCUUCCUUAACAGAAGUCAACGCGCCGUGUAAUUCUGCUGCAGUUGUUCCAGAGAACACUGUGGUCUUCAAUACAACAAUGGAGAUGACUCAGAGUAAUGACACUGAAAUUGUUACCCAUCUUCCCACAGGGGGAAAAACACAACAGAAACAGAAACGCAACAAGAAAAAGGAAUGUAACAAGGUUGAGUCAAGCCUAGCAGAUUCUUCACAAGGGAUGGCCAGAGCAGAUUCUAGUGUUGGGGAGAUAAAGCUUGGUUCUUGUGAGACCAUGUCCCAUACAGAAGACCAGGAACAAGAACAUACUAACAGCAAUUUCAAAGCCAAGUCUCAGCCUAAAAUCAGAUCACGUAUUCCCAAAAUGGUUAAAUCCAGAGUUGGCAGCCAUCAAACGUGGUUGAACCGCUCGCUUGCUGACACAGAGCCAGGCUCUUUGACCUGUACUCCCAAGCAACGCACUUGGAGCGGCUUACAAGAGAAGACUGCUUUGGUCACCCCUGAAUCCUCUCCAGAAAGAGUCUUAACAUCGCUAGACAACACCAUUGCCACAAUCGAUCAAGAGAACCAAGGGAGGAGCAGGAGGCAGAGAGGUGUGGUCAGUUACAAGGAGCCAUCCCUGGUAAGCAAAAUACGGCGUGGUGACAAAUUCACAGACACAAAGUUCCUGAAUUCGCCAGUCUUUAAAGACAAGAGGAAGAGGAAGAAGUAG